AUGGACAGUUGGACCAGCGAAGGGUCUAAUAAACCUACUGGUACAGACAUUUCACCUUCGUUAAUUAGUGCAAAGGUCACGAGUUCUACUCCCCCAAAUGAAUUCACACCAAACAAGGAUGAAAUUUUACCAAGGCCAAAUUCUGUACUGUUUGAGAUGCCAAAGGUAAAGCAUUUGUCCGCACUGAGCACUUCCGUAAAAAAAUUACCUCAUCAAAUGAAAAGGGAAUCGACAAUUGAAGAGCUACAUAAUACCUGGAGAAAAAUGGGAGCACAAGCUCUUGCUACGACUCUGUCUGCUCUUUAUGGUAAACUGUUGGUCGUCAUGGGCAUAGCUUUUCCGAUGUCUGAAGUGAUAUCUACACACAUUCCUCAUUCGUUUUACGAGGGUUAUUACUUGUACCUUUAUUUCGGAAGUAUGGCGUUUCUUUUUUACAUGUACGCAAUGCUGCUCAAGGGCAAGCCCACGAUGACACCAGUCAACAAUAAUUUCAAUAAUUCGGUUAGCGAUUCAUUGUCCGGAGAUGGCUCGGAAAACAGCGAUGGUGACUCAGAAUAUUACGAAGACAACGACGACUUCACGAACACCGGUGGCGUUGAAAUGGACUAUUGGACAUCAUACAACCCGAGAACUCGGAGACAAUCGGCUCACAUUGUGUUGCCUUCUACUUUCCAGCAUUACGGGAGUUUCUAUCUGAGAAUGGGCGCUGUGGCUUUCGGCAUAGGUAGUAUGAUUUAUUCUGGACUUGAAUUCGGUCAGUACUUCGAACUUGAACCAGCUACAAAAUGCCACAACGUGCUUCUGGUGCUCACUCCAGCAACAAGAAUGGCAUUCAUAUUUAUACAGAUGUACUUUAUAUUUUUAAAUGAUGAGCAACAAAUGAGAGUGACACGUCACCGGGUCUUGGCAAAGUUUGGACUCAUGCACAUGAUCGGCACUAAUCUGUCAGUAUGGCUCAAUGUACUCGUACAGGAAACCAAACAUGAAAUACUAACAUUUUACAAUCCGGCAGAUAAUUCUAUCGGUGUCGACAAACAACCAAAUCAUUUUUCACUGUUCAAAAAGUGGACGACCACCACGACUCAGUCACCGGCGUCGGCCAUGUCGUCGGUGGCUGACCGGCUGCGGCGCAGCAUCAACACGGACCGCACCACAUCUACGAGUGCCGUCGGACGAACAUCAUCGGGUCGCUGGUGCAGAACGCCAGCCCAUUCCUGUUCCCGUGCACGAUCGAGUACAGCCUGA